GGGUCACGACUCACGAGACAAUUGAUUAUUUAACAAAAUGACAAACAGAACAGCAAGCCAUCAAAUCUGCCUGCCCUUCAAACUAGCCGUAUAAAUGGAGAUCACGGGCUUAGAAAUUGUCAAGUCACUCUCGCUCUCCUAUCCUAUCCCAUGCAAAAAGAGAAAUACUAAUGUUCAAACCUGCUAACACCGCCAUCUUCUUCUUCUUUGUUCUCUUCAACAGCUUCAGCUGCCAUGGCGGUCCAAUCAAAACUAUUGUGGUCCUAGUGAUGGAGAAUCGCUCGUUCGAUCACAUGCUAGGAUGGAUGAAGAAAAUCAACCCUCAAAUCAACGGUGUUGAUGGAACUGAAUGGAACCCUUUGUCCACCACUGAUCCUAACUCCAAAAAGUUGUUCUUCCAGAACCAAGCUCAGUUCGUGGAUCCAGAUCCUGGUCACUCUUUCCAAGCCAUAAGGGAGCAGAUUUUCGGCUCUAAUGACACCUCCGCCAAUCCUCCCCCCAUGAAUGGCUUCGCCCAACAAGCUUACUCCAUGGACCCAUCUACCACUAUGUCUCAGAAUGUCAUGAAUGGAUUUGACCCUGAAAUGGUCGCCGUUUACAAGUCUCUCGUCUCAGAAUUUGCUGUCUUUGAUCGGUGGUUCGCCUCCGUACCGUCAUCCACACAACCGAAUCGUCUGUACGUCCACUCGGCGACAUCGGCGGGGGCGACGAGCAACAUUCCGGCACUCCUGGUAAAGGGUUAUCCCCAAAGGACGAUCUUCGAGAACCUGGACGACGCCGGAAUAUCCUGGGGAAUAUACUACCAGAACAUCCCAGCUACAUUGUUCUACAAAAACCUCAGGAAACUGAAAUACUUAUUUAGAUUCCGUCCGUACGGUGUGACAUUCAAAAAACACGCGCAAGAAGGGAAGCUGCCGGGCUACGUUGUGGUGGAGCAGCGGUACAUGGACACUAAGCUGGAGCCCGCCAACGAUGACCAUCCGUCGCACGAUGUGUAUCAAGGGCAGAUGUUUGUGAAGGAGGUGUACGAGACAUUGAGAGCUAGCCCGCAGUGGAACCAAACUUUGUUGAUCAUUACAUAUGAUGAACAUGGUGGGUUUUAUGAUCAUGUGGCUACGCCCGUCACUGGAGUGCCCAGCCCUGAUGGCAUUGUGGGUCCCGAACCAUUUUUCUUUCAUUUCGACAGGUUGGGGGUUAGGGUUCCGACCAUCAUGGUCUCUCCUUGGAUUGAUAAGGGCACUGUUGUUCAUGGGGCAAAUGGAAGGCCAUUUCCCACAUCGGAAUUCGAGCAUUCCUCCAUUCCGGCAACAGUAAAGUUGUUGUUCAACCUCACCUCUCCAUUCCUCACCAAGAGGGACGAAUGGGCUGCCACUUUUGAGUCCAUUCUCCGAACUCGGUCUGACCCCAGAACUGAUUGUCCAGAGACACUGCCAACGCCGGCGAGGAUAAGGAGAGGUGAGGCAAUUGAAGAGGCGAAGCUGAGCGAGUUCCAGCAAGAGCUGGUGCAGCUGGCGGCGGUGCUGAAGGGGGAUCAUAUCCUCACAAGUUACCCGGAAAGGAUAGGGAAGGACAUGAGCGUGAAGGAAGGUAAAGAGUACAUGGAAGAUGCAGUCAAACGGUUCUUCGAGGCUGGCCAUUAUGCUAAGAAAAUGGGAGUCGACGGCGAACACAUUGUUCAAAUGAAGCCUUCCCUAACUACUCGUUCAUCAAAACCUUCAUCUCAACAUCCAUAAAACCUGUUUUUACAUUUUUUUUACGUUUUUUUGGGGAAUGAGGAAAAUAUGUAGCAAUCUUAUUUAUAUUUUAGUAUAUAGGAAAAGAGAAAAUAUUUUGAGUUAAUUUAUAUUUACAUGAAUGAGCUUUGGUCGUGUUUCCCUUGGUGA